GCAAAGAAAAACUGUCGAAAGCGGAAAACAAAGCAGAUAGCGGUUCAAGCAGGGAUUAGAGAUUACAGGGAAAUUUGUGGAAACAUUAUAACAAAUAAAUUAAAAACAAAACCAACAAAAAGAUGCCAUUAGAGUAUUUCAUCUUUGGGGUGAUUACCUUUCUUUUGACAGGUGGUCAAUGUAAGGUAACUGAGGUCUUUGCUGAAGCCGGCUCUCAGGUUGUGCUACCCUGUAAAUGUAGCCCGUCGCACCCCUUUAUCCCCUACAUCAUCUGGAGUAAUGCCGACAAAGGCACUGUUUGGAGAAAGGAUAGGAAUGGUCUGCAGUACUGGGGCUCUAGGUGGUCUCCAAAAGCUGGUCCCCAACGCGUUAGAUGCCCCCACUCCCAGUUUGAAAGAGGCGAUUUCAGCCUGCAAAUAAACGACGUGAGGGUGGAGGAUGGAGGAGAUUACACUUGCACGGUGGCACAUGGAGACGAGGUUGUUGAAAAAGUCGUCACACUCAGAAUCACUAAAGUGUCCGUCUCGUCAUCAGUUCCCAUAUGGGGGGACGUUGUUUCGAUCAGCUGUAACGUGACUCCUUGGCCUCACGGAGCCUCUGUGCUGUGGACAUUGAACAACAGCCCAUUUGUGCCUCAAACUGGAAUCGCCUCAAACAGAGGUACCAGUAAAAAUGUUGUGAGGGAAAAGGCAACGGCGAGACUGACGGGAAACUGGACCUGUGUGGUGGACUACAAGGGCAAAGAGGGGCGAGCUUCGGCAGCUCUGACCGUGAGGGGUGUCAUCAACCCAUCCAAAGACCAUUCUAAAGUGUAUGCUGCUGUGGGAUCUGCAGUCACACUUCCCUGUGUGUUCUCUCCUGGUUUGAUCCCCUCUAAUCCAGUCUGGGAGAAACUGAAACCUGGGUUUCUUUUUAAACCUGCUCCUGGUCCCCUUCCGGCCUCUUUCUCUCCAUCCAAGCAGUUCUCUCCGCGCCCCUACGAUCAAUCUGCCAGUUUGAAAGAAGUCGAGUUUGAGGAUGAGGGCAGGUACAGAUGCUCUGGCACCGUAGAAGGACAACGGUUGACUCGAAAUAUGCAGCUUGUCGUUGCCAAAGUUCACAGCAGCAUCCCAUCAAAGAACACAGGCUCUGUGACGCUGACCUGCCAACUGACAGACACCAGCGAGGUCAUCGACUAUGAGUGGGUUCAUGUGGUCUAUGACCUCAAUGGCACCCAGUCAUUUGGGUCCAUCCAGAAGGGGAAGACUCUGAGUAUGAGCACAGUGUCCGAGGAGAACCAGGGCGAAUGGGCAUGUCAUUUCUACGGGAAACACAGCCUUUUGGGAAAUGUAACAUACCACAUUCAACUGAUGAGUGGUCUUAGGGGACAGAAACCUUCGGGUGUCUCACAUAACACUGCUGCCCUGGUUGGUCUCAGCUUUCUCCUCCUCGUUCUGCUGUUGGUUUUGGCUCAGAUGUACAAGAACCACCAAAGGAGGAAGAGGAUCUUUCAGUACCCUGCGCUGGAGACAAUUGUUCAUACUGUCUCGAAUGAGCGGGAGGAGAGAGAAAGAAACCAAGUGAAAAUGUAGAGACAUUAAAGCAGAGGCAUUGCAGGAAACUAAACUGAAGUGUGAUCUUCUUCUACCUUCAUAUCUGCAAUAUGUUGGUUGACUUCUGUUUGUACAAUUUUUGUAAAUACUGUAUUUUCAGAGCAGGCAUUGUAGCAGUAUUGUUGAAUUUGAAAUUUUGUGUAUUAUCCUGUUAUUUGUAUUGUAUCUGUUUUCAAUUAUCUA